AUGAGAAUAGCAACGAAUGUUGAUAAAGUUACACAUUUACUAUUCGCAGACGAUGUUCUGGUGACUGCUGAAGCUCGUAGUAAUAAUGUGAGAAGGCUGAAGAAAAUUUUCAAAAGCUAUUGCAGUUGGACAGGCCAACCUAUCAACUCUCAAAAAUCCAUGGUUUUGUAUGGCAGGAAAGUCUCUAAGAAAAGAAGAAGAAAACUGAAUAAAAUUAUGGGAUACAAAGAAGUUAAAGAAUUCUAUUACUUGGGCAUUAAAUUGGCUGUAAGAAGGAUGAAGGUGGAAGACUUCAGUAACACCAUUGAAAAAGCAAUGUGUAGACUCAAUUCUUGGGGAGCUAGGUGCAUGGUUAUCGCUGGCCGGCAGAAUGUUAUUGAUCAAAACAGCCUACUCAAACAUGAUUUCCUACCAGAAAAUGGCAAACAAGGUUUGCACUAUAUUGCUUGGGAGACUCUUUGUCUACCCACGAGUUUGGGGGGAUUUGGCAUCCAUGGCGCUGCAGGGAGACAAGGUCCAUUAAGAGCAAGAAUUGCUUGGAUGUUUUUACAGAACAACAACUCUUUGCUCUACAAAAUACUGUACAAAAAAUUUGGUAAAAAGAUAUGGGAUAAUGACGUGAAGAGAGGAGCUACAACCGCCUGGAAAAUUAUCAAAGAUGGUAUUAACUACAUAAGACCAAUUGUUAGAUUGCAGGUAAAUAAUGGUAGCAGUAUUAAUAUAAAUACUGACAAAUGGAAAUUGGAUAGAUGCCUAAGUAAAUGGCCUGCUACGUGCAAUAUUAGUGAAAUUGCUGAGAAGAAGGUGUCGUUUCUUAUGGAGGAGGAUGGCAAGUGGAAUUUAGAAAUUUUAUCUGAAUUCUUUUUGGCAGAUAUGAUUGAGCUGAUUCAACAAAUGAAGACAGGGGAGAACAACAGAGAAGAUAGUUUGGAAUUGAUCCGUACCAAUACGGGAAAAACUAUUGCAGCUCUUUGUGAGGAAGCUAACAAUUUGAAUAAUGACGGUAAAUAUAGUAAGCAUAACUGGUUGAAAAAAUUGAAAUUGAAUCAGCGAGUCUACCUGUUUUGGUUGAGGGCUUUGAAUGGGGCAUUACCAACUAACAAUUGGCUAUGUUAUAGAAGACUUGCAGUUAAUUCUAAUUGUCCUAGAGGUUGUAAUGAGAAUGAAGACUUAGAACAUGUGAUGAUCAAGUGCAAUAAAAUGGUGGAUUUAUUGCAGAAUUUGAGAGAGUGUGGAUUCAAUGUCCCCUCUUUCCAAAGUGUUGAUAACUGUAUAAUGAAUUUGAGACAGAAUCCUGAUAAGGGACUGACUAAAAUCUUUGCUUUGGCGGUUUACUACAGCUAG